CGUUCAGUAGCUCCGCUGAAGUUAACAGAGUUGGAAGACUUUUGUCUUAGGGUCCGUGGCGAAUCAUCAACGGGAAUCAUGAAAAUCGAAUGGGCACCACUCAAAGUGUCGCCGGCACGGCGUUUACAAACAUUUGUCACGGCACUCUUCACCAUGGCAUUCCUUGUGCUGUUGUUCUGCUCCUACUUGUUUGUGGCUGCUUCAUUGUUCUAUGGUGGACUUGUGCUGCGCAGCUUGAUACUCAUCUACUUGGUCUACAUGUACGUGGAUCACAAGAGAACACACUCCAUUAUUGACAGCAAUGGCUGGAUGUUAAAUCGCACCAAUACCCUGCAUCGGAGCUAUCGCAAUUACUUUCCCGUGGAACUGGUGAAGACAGUGGAGCUUCCCCCAAACCGAAAUUAUAUUUUGGCCAGCUUCCCCCAUGGCAUUCUGGGAACUGGCAUCGGGAUUAACAUGGGUGUGGAAAUCUCCAAGUGGCUGGAACUAUUCCCCAAAAUACGACCAAAGGUUGGCACUUUGGACCAGCAUUUCCAGGUGCCGUUUAUGCGUGAAGCGCUGCGUUCUUGGGGUCUCGUGUCGGUAUCAAAGGGGGCUCUCAUCCACAUGCUAACCAAAUCGAAUGAUCCCAAACAUGCGGACAAUCGUGAUGGCUUCACAUCCAAUGCGGUGGCUAUCCUCGUCGGUGGCGCUCAAGAGGCCAUGGACUCACAUCCCGGGCAGUACACACUGACGCUGAAGAGCCGCAAGGGAUUCGUCAAAAUGGCCAUCCGAACGGGCUCAUCGAUUGUUCCCUCAUUUUCCUUUGGGGAGGUGGACAUAUUCGAUCAGGUGCCCAAUCCUCCCAAUUCCCUUGUGCGUCGCGUGCAGUCUGUGGUGAAGAAACUGACGGGCGUUGCCCCGCUGAUACCAGUGGGUCGCGGAUUCUUCAAUUAUACCUUUGGCUUUCUGCCCCAACGCCGUCGCAUCGUACAAGUUGUGGGCUCGCCCAUCGAUGUGGUCCAGAGUGCUGAACCAGAUGCCGCCUAUGUGGACAAGAUACACGGCCAGGUCAUGGAGGCUCUCCAGAAGAUGUUUGAUCAGUACAAGGAGCAAUAUAUACCGCAGUCAAAGAACACAAAACUGAUUAUACAGUAACCAGACACACUGCACAUAUUUUUGAUCUUCAAUCUGCCUUACAAAAGCAUCUAUUACGAGUUUAUGCAUAAAUAUAUGUUUGUUUAUUUGUAUUUAA